AAAUUUCUCUUUUUUCCUCCAAAAUUUCUCUUUUAUUCCCUACAUUUGACUUUUUCCCCCCACACUUCUCUUCCCCCACCCAAAUUCGCCAUUUUUCCUCCAAAUUCAUCCUUUUUUCCCCCCACGUUUCUCUCUUAUCCCCACCAUUCACCUUCUUUCCCCCCAAAAUUCACCCUUCCAUCCCCAAAUUUUCUCUUUUCCCCCACCCAAAAUCCACCCCCCUCCCAAAGGACGGACGCCCCAUUGCAGCGCACCACAGUCUGCGAGCUUUUGGGUCCCCACCGCCUCCAUUCCUCCAUCCCCACGGGGACCCCGGUGUGGAAAUGGCGAACGUUCCCCCCAGUUUUCCCCAAUCUUCCCCAAUUCUCCCCCAAUUCAGGGAAAUUUUGCACUUUUUGCUCCUCCCGGUGCACACGGAGCCUCUGAGGCAGCACAUUCCCCUCCCACCAGCACCGACUCAGAGCAGCGUUUGUUCCCAGCUCUCAACCUCCCCUCUCCGCCUUUGGGUCCCCCCCACUCUGACCCCCUUCCCCCCCCAUUCUUUUGGGGCUGCGAAGGACCCUCCACCCCAUUUCUGCUGCCAUGGAUCCACAGCGAGGAGCGAAGGAUGCCAAUUUCAGCCUGAAGUGCAUUAAGGACAAACUGCUCCCCAUUGCAGGCACUGUGCUGGUGGCAGCGCUGCUCAUCGCUGUCAUUUCACUGGCAGGUGAGCUUGGGGCACCCCACCGCUCCCCCCUCCCGGGUUGCCCCAAGGAUGAGAUCGGGGUCGGGACGCAGUGCUUCUACUUCGUGGAGGACGCGGCAGACUGGGAUGGAGGGCAGCGCUUCUGUCUGUCCCACGGAGCGCAAUUGGCCACCGUGGGGAGCCCGCAGGAGUUGGUGAGA